UACGGAUGUGUGAGCUUAUAUAAAAAAAGUACAAAAUGUAAUUAAAAUUUAUAGCCGAAAUAAAUUGAAGAAUAUAUGAUGGUUUUGUCGAUUUAUAAUAUAUUCUUUAAGCAAAAAAUAAAUAGGAGAAAGUGUAUAAUUAAGAUUUAUAAGCUCUAAUUGAUUCCAAAAUUAUCGCAUACUACAUAUACUUUGUUGUGCAUAAUUGUAUUGAUUUUCUAAUGGCACGUUGUAAAUGAUGGACUUCCGGGUGCACUGGGAAUGACUGUUAACUAACGCUGUCGUUAUGAAGAGUAGUUAAAAAGAAAUGAUACACAAAAUAAGAAUAAAUAUUAUAUUUAAAUAUAACAUAAAUGUGUACACGUAUGUAUAAGUAAGCCCAAGUAAUUGUGGCAAAUGUGGAGGUGGAACAACUUUGUGCUGGAUGUAAAAAUUAAAUACUUAAACAUAUACAUACAUAUGUAAACAUUCAAGUAUUCAAAGCGACAAUUAGAAUAAGAAAAUGGAUAUAAUAUAUAGAAUGUAUUGCAUAUAACAGAGAAAUAUGCACAUAUAUAUGCUAUUCGCUUGUUCCUCACUGAAUGGAUUGCCUUGAUUGAAUUAAUGAUUAGCUUAAUUUAUAUCUUUAUCUAAUGCACAAAGAGAAAUUGGAAUUAUGGAUAUAAAUUACAAAAAAGUGAUAAAUUUGAACGUCGUGUACCGUUAAAUCAGAUUUAACAAAUUUAAAACUGAAUUAUUAACAAUGCAAGAUUGCAAUAGUGAAGAGCGUGUUGAAAGCGCCAACUCUAGUCCUCGCUUACCCCACAAACACUUAUCUAUUUUGGGAUUUUUGACAAAGCGUUCCAGUAAAAUAGAGCCACAUCCAAGAGAUGGUGAUUCAAAGAAACAUGACAAAUCAACGCAUCAUUUGCGUCCAUCAUCCGCAUGUGGACAUUACCAUGAUAACACUAGUCAUGAUGUGACCUUCGCCAAGUGUUCAGCUGACCGUCAACGCUCACCUGUUUCACCGCAAAAACAAAAUGGUCUAAAAAAUAAUAGCGAUGCCUUAACAACCAAGAGUAAAACGCUACCAGCUCGUGGCAAUUAUCUAGGACAACCAUAUAACAGUAAUGCUCUAAACUCCAAUUCUCAUGCGCGUAGGCGUAGCACUGAUGGCUCACAAAGCGAUAGUGGCGCUGCUGAAGUGGUGCUGCGAAAGACAGCUAAAUAUCGUUCCCCGAAUCAUAAUCGUUUCAGCCACCAAUUUAGCUUAUGCUGUAAAGCUGAAAAGAAACCCAUGACACCGCCAGUAACAGUGCGUUACAACUCGAUACCAGAUCCAGCCAAUACGACGCUCAAACGUGAUAGCCAAACGUUAUGUUGGAGUUUUAUAGAUAACACAUCGGUUUCGCUACAGUCAUCCGAUGAAAACUCGUCCAUGCAAUUGCCAAAAGGUGAUGCAAAUUUGACAAAUAAAAUUGCAAGAGUGAAUUUAACCGAAUGUUCCAGUGCACCAGAAUCUCCAGUUACGGCUAAGGUGAUGUUUACCUCCUCGCAUAGCAGUCCGUCAAAUGUAUCACUAAAAAGUGGUCAAAGUGAACAAGUGCCAACAUAUAAUAAAGAGGGUGCACAUUGUAGCGGUCCAAUACGUCCAUUAGCUGUUUCCGCUUGCCGUUCACGACUACGACUGAAACUAUAUCCGCCAGACAAAGAGUUACCAUCGUUAGAGCCUAAAUUAAACGAUGCGUCAGCCAACAACAUAAAACGGGCAACAACACCACAACACAUGUCUUCGCCAAAUAUUGCCAUCCAGCCAGACAUAGCGAGAGAAUUGGAAACACACGAAACACAAAAUAUGCGUUUUAGUUCCCAUGAAAAUAUACAAAUGCAGAGAUUGCAAUCCAGUCAAGUAGGCUUAGCACGGCGUGCGCUGCUGAGUGCUCAAGUGCUAAGCUUAAUACCCACGGAUAAAGCACGAGAAAGAAGUUUUAUGGAGGGUCACAUGGGAUCUUCAGCACUGCUGGGACCUGCGGAAUUGGAUCGCAUUUUGCCAAAUAAAGAAAUUACAAUAUUCGUGGGCACAUGGAAUAUGAAUGGGCAAAAUCCACCAAAGCAAAUGAAUGACUUCGUACUGCCAUUGACUGUGGAACAUGUGCCAGAUGUUGUCGCUAUGGGCACACAAGAAUCCAGUCCCGAUAGUUUCGAAUGGGAAGUGACAAUACAAGAGACCCUAGGACCAUCGCACGUACUUUUCUAUUCAACUAACUUAGGCACACUGCAUUUGGCUAUUUAUAUGCGUCGAGAUCUUAUAUGGUAUUGCUCAGCGCCAGAGGAUGCCUCCUUUUCUGUGCGUACCGGCACUGCUUUUCGUACGAAAGGCGCCGUCGCUAUAUCCUUUUGUAUCUUCGGUACAUCAAUGUUAUUCGUUACAUCACAUUUGACCGCUCAUCAGCAGAAAGUCAAAGAACGCGUGUCCGAUGUGAAACGCAUAAUACAUGCGCUUGAUUUGCCAAAAAAUUUAAAUUUACGUCAUAAAAAUAAGGAUGUAACACAGAAUUUCGAUAAUGUCUUUUGGUGUGGUGACCUCAAUUUUCGUCUUGGUGAACCGCGUGAAAAACUCUUGGAAUGGAUUCAAAAUACAAAAUUUCCACUACCUUCACACUUGCCACAUGGCUAUAUGCACACCGAUCAAUUAUCAUCAGUUUUGGCCGACGGAGCUGCUUUUCGUGGUUUUAUGGAAGCGAAUAUAACAUUUCCACCAACAUACAAGUAUGAUCCUGGCACCCAACAUUUUGAUACAUCAUCCAAACAACGCGCUCCCGCAUACACCGAUCGCAUUCUCUAUAAGUAUAGACAGUCACAGGGUUUAGGCAUACGUCGUGGCAGUACACUUGCAUCAGGUGUAAACGCUCCACAGCCAUAUGUGCAGUGUUUGCUGUAUGAUUCUGUGCCAUCUAUUACAACUUCGGAUCACAAACCGGUGUGGGCGUUGUUCAAAACGCAGAUUCGCGCGGGCACCGAUUCUAUUCCAUUGGCGGCUGGUCUAUUCCAUCGUGAUAUUUAUUUGGAGGGUAUGAAAAGACGCUUAAAUAAUCAAUAUUCCGGUUCAUCUGCAGUAUGUGCUAUACAAUAAUGGCUUUUAAGAUUGGAGGCUUUAAAAUGUGCAUAUAAAUACUCAAAUAACACAGAAUUAAAUACUCGGCUACAAUAUAUUUAAGUUAUUAAGCGAAAAAGAUAUAAAUAUGCUCCAGCUGCUAAGUGUCAGUGACUAGUCAUUUAAACCAAAUAAUAUCUAAAAUUAUAUAACCAUAGUAAAUAAGUAGAAAAUUAGCGAAAAAAAACUAGUUUAAGUACAUUAACAAAGACAUUGAAUCAACUGAAAUGACAACCAAAGCACUAAGUAAUGCACAAAUGUACACUUGCCUUAACUAAAAAAUAACGCUGUUUCCUAUUCGAUUGUUUUGUUAAACAAAUACAUUAUAAUAGAUCGUAAAAUAAGA